AUGCUUCUCUUGUGCCACGUUCCAAAAGUACAAGUUCCGCACUUUCAGUGUCGGACUGGGAACGAAUGCUGGAUGGUUUUUUAUGAAUGCGACUACGUGCCGGACUGCCGGGAUAACUCAGAUGAGGACCACUGCGAAGAAAAACGCGCUGUCGAUUGCGAGCUAGAUUUCCAAGAUAAGAUGGCAAGUGACGGCAAGCCCCUUCAGAGCUUCCAGUGCGACAAUGGCAUGUGCAUCUUGGGAUGUCGGCAGUGCGAUGGAGUGAUGGACUGCGCAGACAACUCCGACGAGUCCGGCUGCAACGGCACGGAGGUCAUACCACCAUGCCAAUAGAGAGUGACAGGAGAUAGUUGCUGGUUUAACAAUAUCCGGGGAAAUAAAUGUAUGUUGUCCAUGCGUGAUGAGCGUUUAUCGGUAUAAUCUUGUAUGCCUAAAGUUUUGAGGUGCAACAACUCGAAUCAGAUUUGGACUAGAUUAAGAUUGCAACAUCCCCAAAAUACACUUUUCAAAAAAAAAAAAAGAAGAAGAAAUAAAGAUAUACUCAAAUAUGGGAAAAACAUUUUACACGCAGGUAUUAACGACUUAUGCAAAUUAGGCACCCUUCCCAAAAGAAUUUCAGGUGUCACCCAUUCUAAAUGUCUUCUCUAGGGCUAUAAGAAUCCAUCUUUAAAGUUGGGCGCUUUGGACCAGUCGGUCACGAUUCCGACCAUAUGCCAUCUGACUAUAGACGAAUUCUUUUGUUGUAAACAUGGGCGCCAUUUUAUAUGGGCUGCCGCAAGCGCAUUAUUUGAAGCCGUGGUUGGCAACAUGUUUUUCCCAAAAAAGUCCCCAUAACGUCCUCAAUACAAAGUAAAAAACAUGUUUAGGAAUUAUGUUGUAGCGUUGUUGACAAUAUUGUAUUUCCAACAAUCAAAUAAUAUUUUGGUGAUCUGUAAUAACUCUUCUUCACUUUUGCAGUUGUUGGACCUUCCAUAGUUUUGCAACCUGGGUUGGCAAAAAUGCAGUUUGCCAACCAAGCGUAGAAAGGUCUAUUGCAACAUCUGACAAAAUUUAAAUGAACAUAAGGAUUUUAUUUUACCCCUCAUGAUAAUUGUUGAAGGGAUAUAGCAUUUCAGUUUUAGGAUUUAUUGAUGCCUUCAAUAAACACGUCUAUGUGUU